AUGACCAUUUCAAGGAAGCGAAGCUACACCCCUCAACUGGCUGACGAAGGUACCAAAAGACCGAAACACGGUCUGGAGGAUUCUGAAGCCAUUGUACGCGGCAACUUCAUAGACUUAACGCUUGAAGACGAGGACCGAUGUGACAACACUCAUGUGGCAGGCGCCUUGGAAGCGACAACCUCCACCAGAGUUAAUGGCUCUUCUAUUGACCACACAAGCCGUCUUCCUCUCUCAUACCCUUCUCCUAUACUCUGCAUGCGCGCAACCGCCUCCGAUGAAGGACAACUCCCCAUCGGAUGUACUCCUGCGAGCCUCAUCUUUGAGCAUGAUGUGGUACGCGUUGUGACUGGAGCUGGUAAGCGCGUGGCGAUCCUCGUUGCCAAGGCGCUGUGGUCUUUGACCAACAAAUUCCCCGUCACGUUGCAGGCGACUAUCUGCGGCCGAAAACCGAAAUCAGCCGUCACUAAGAGUAGGUUGAACAAACGUACUACCAGCCAGCUCGCCACUACGCAGAUUAAGUAUUACUCGCUCCGAGUCUUUAUCUACGGUUUCCUUGGUCAAAAACAGCAGAUCGGUGAUUUUUUGGCCGGAAAGGAGUUGUUUUUGCAACAUCCUCACCCUUCGGAGAUGGAUAGCAGCGUAAAGUACUUAAAUCCCCAGUACUUGCUCCCACCUGGUAAGAAGGAUAUGCCUCCGCCCAGCCAGCUAUCAAUGUCGACGUGUUGCGCGGGUCGUGAAAGCGCGCUGGGCGAAGAGGAAACGGCGAAGAUAUACGAGAUUUUCGACACCGCCUCGGCUUCCAAGGGGAUACAGUUGAAUAUUGAACCGAGUAUGCGCCUCACAACGGCGCUGAAAAGGCAUCAAGUUGAGGCGCUGAUCUUUAUGGUGGAGAAGGAGACAGGGAUAUUCGAGAAUUCGCAAUUUCCAUCUAUUUGGCAACCGUUCCGAUGCCCCAGUGGGGAGAUUCGAUACCAGAAUAUAGUUACCAAGCUGUUCAGUAUGGAACGGCCUGCGCCCGUCGGGGGCGGGAUCUUGGCAGACGAUAUGGGGCUAGGGAAAACCCUGUCAAGCCUUGCGCUUGUCUGUAAUUCGCUCGAUCGGCACCAGAAAACUACCCUAGCCGGCGUCCCUAAGGGCACCCUAAUUGUCACGCCUAUGUCGACAAUUUCCGGAUGGGAGUCACAAAUUAAAAGGCAUAUCAAUCCGGAGCGGAUACGGUGGCUGACCUACCAUGGUCAUAAACGACACGAGCUGACUGGAAACCUGGACACGUACGAUGUUGUGUUGACUACCUACGACACGUUAAAUGUAGAAGGGGAAAAAGGCUUGUUGCACAACCACGAGUGGCAACGAAUAAUUCUUGACGAAGCCCAUCGAAUACGAAACUCAUCAUCCAAGACAUAUCGAAUUGUCUGCUCUCUGCAAGCCCAAUACCGAUGGUGUCUCACCGGCACGCCUAUCCAAAACCGCCUGGCCGAUUACGGUGCGCUACUGGAAUUCAUCCAAGCCCCCCCGUUCGAGUCUCGAGGUUCAUUUGAGAGGAUGAUAGUGGGUUCCAUAUCGGAGAAUAAACGCAGAAGCUUUGACCUUCUAAGAAAUGUGGUUACUGCAACUUGUUUACGGCGAACAAAAAGAAAUUCCGCCACAGAGCUCUGCUUGCCCCAGAAGACCGAGCUGGUCGAAAGAGUGCACAUGGAUAAAGAAGACAGGGAACCCUACGAGUUCUUCAAGCGCUAUUCCUUCCUCACGGCUGGGAAGGCAAUGUCGUCGCACAAAAGGACUGGUACCAACAUCCUUGUGCUAAUUGGUCUGCUCCGAUUGAUCUGCGAUCAUGGUGUGGCCCUUCUUCCCAAAGCUGCCCUCAUCGCGUGGCACGAACGCGAUGACACCUCCCUGACCUGGAGGACUCUGGAAUCUGAGACAAUCAAGUGUACGAUCUGUGCUCAGCCGGUCGAGGAAUAUCGCUCCGGUGAAUCCUUAGUGGAGGAAGCAGGCUGCGGACAUCCCAUUUGCGGUAUUUGUGCCACAGAAACUGAUAGCCAGCCACCAUGCCCUAAAUGUGAAGCAAAUGAGUGCCGCAGCUCAUCGCCGACUCCGACUAGUUUCACCCACCCUCUUUCAGUAGGGUAUGCUCCCUCGGCCAAGAUUAGGGCGCUCCUGCGUAACAUCACCAAAAGUCGGAGUAUCUCCGAUGAGAAGGGGGUCCAGACGAAAUUUGUGAUUUUCAGUUACUGGACCAAGAUGUUAGACCUCAUUGCGACCGCGCUCACCGAAAACCACCUGACAUUCCGGCGCAUUGAUGGACGAUCGUCUCUUAGCCAGCGCAAAGAAGCGCUGGGAGUUUUUGGAAGCGAUCCGCAGUGCAUAAUAAUGCUUGCAAGUAUUGGAGCAGCGGGCGAGGGGAUUGAUCUCACGGCGGCAAACUCCAUCCACAUUGUGGAGCCUCAGUGGAACCCGAUGGCCGAAGCACAAGCUAUCGACCGCGUUCAUCGCAUUGGACAAGAACGCGAUGUGGAAGUUGUGCGGUACAUCACAAGCGAGUCGAUCGAAUCGGAAGCCAUCCAGUAUGUUCAAUGGAUCCAAUCGGACAAACUCAGGUUGAUCAACAAAGCCCUUUCUCCUGCCGAACAAGGUGCUGAAAAGGUGACAGAGAAGCGGUGGAAAGUGAGUAUAUUUCAUUAUCUUCAUUCCCCCAUAGUCCUCAAAUCCCACCUUGCAGAAGCUGAUGUUAGCUCGAUAGAAAAUGCUGCAGUAUCUAGAAUAUAUGUUACCGAUGACCUACCACGACUACAUAGAUGUUGCUUAUCUGUAACCGGGCGAUACGGCAUUGUCAAUGAUUCUUGGGCGUCUCCUUAUCUUUCCCAUUCUUUAGGUUAUAUUCCAUAA